GCUGUCCUUCGUCUCUCGAGACCAUUGUCUCUUGACAUCAUCAUUGACGUAACCAUUCCGGCCAAGCGUUCUCUCUCGAUUGGUGCAUUUUCCUUCUCAAGACCACGUAUAGAUCGCGGCAUGUUCGGUUUGUCGUUUGCUGUCGGGACGGCGGAUCAGUUAACUCUUUUCUUUCCUCCCAGCAAGGAUUGUCCAUCAAUCAUUCUUUUUUCUUUUUUUUUUUCUUUUUCCCCUUUUGUAAUCUUUUUUGCGCUAAAGCAGUAGGCGAGCCUGCGUGUGUUUGCGCGUAGCAGGCCAUACUCACACUAGUACGACUUCUUCCACUGGCUGGUGGACGGACGGUUUUUUUUUUUUUUUUUUUUUUUUUUUAGGUGUUUUGUUCUUUGCCUGGUGGACGCAAUUAAGUUCAAAGCUCCAGGAGAAAUCUCCUAUUGUGUCCGCAAUCCUUGUUGUAUCCGGUAUAGAUAGAAAAUUACACGACAGUAACUAGACUGCGACAGAGUAUCAGAGUCAUCAUUCGAAUGACAAGGCACAGCUACAGAUCGCUGCAGUUAUGCGGCUGAGACAUAGUAUCAGCUGCUGAGACAUAGUAUUCAGCGUCCGAGACGUAGUACUCAGCGGCUGAGACAUAGUGGCAUAGUAUUCAGCGUCUGAGACAUAGUAUUCAGCGGCUGAGACAUAGUAUUCAGCGACUGAGACAUAGUGGCAGCUGCUGAGACAUAGUAUUCAGCGGCUGAGACAUAUGAGACAUAGUAGCAGCUGCUGAGACAUAGUAUUCCGCGGCUGAGACAUAUGAGACAUAGUAGCAGCUGCUGAGACGUAGUAUUCAGUGGCUGAGACAUAGUAGCAGCUGCGGAGACAGAGAAAUUACAGCAGUUACUUGUCUGAGCCAGACUUAUCUUAGUCGCGUCAUUCGGUGCGGGAGAGGUACACAUCACAGCCGUUGCUACUCUGCAGAAGUAUCUGCUUACAUAGUUUAUGAAUCUGAGACAGUAAGAGUAUCUGCUACAUAGUAUUCGAUCGAUAGUUACUUGAGUGAGACAUAGGAUCUGCGACACACUAUCUGCGACGUAGUAGCCAUUCCACCGGAAGCAAAUAGCAUCUGUGACAUACUAUCUGCUACAUAUAGUCUCUGCGACAACAACGAACACAUCACGUAGUAUAUGUGACAUAGCAUCUGUGACAGUGUGUUUGCCGGAUAGUAUCUCUUUGACAUCGAAUCCACAUCCCAGCGGAAGGAAACAGGAUCGGACUCUGCUGAAGACAGCACAGCAGAGGCGCAAUUACACGAGGAACUGGCUGUUCCACCUGAAACCACACCCACGAGUGUUCAUUCGCGCAGCGGGUUGAAAUCGACGGCCAGAAUGCUCGGCCGAGCACGGAACCCCCCUGGUGGUCACACGUCCCAUAACAUUUUUGAAUGGUGUGCUGGGGCUGCUACUCUGCCUUUGCAUGAUUCCGCAAGUAGAUCAACGCUUGCGAAACCUUCGGCAGAUCGGAUUGAUGUGAAGGAGGUAGUGGUCGACAGUGACAAGGACAAGGAGAAGGACAAGAAUGGUGGCAAUGGGGAUGGCAGUCAGGUGGAGGCGGCGAAUGCGACGUCUGCCGUGAGUGAGCGCACGGAGAACAACACACUCACGGAGAAAAACACGCUGACCGAUAACAAAACGCGCACGGAGAACCAGAAGCGGAGCGAGAGCAACAAGCGCAAUGAGAACAGUAAACGCUCCGAGAACAAUGUGUGGAAUCAGAACAUCAUCGGGAGUGGCGGCCAUAGCUGGGAUCAGGGUAACGAUAGUGGACAUCAUCGGUCAUCUGUUCGGACCUUCAAGGCUGGAGUGAGCCAGAUCCCAUUUGGAACAGGAGCAGCCCCUUUUGAACCUGAGCCUCAUCGCGGCAGGCUUGGGUCUGCAGUCAAGCAAAGGGAGAUGCUUGGGAGCGGUAUCUUCGGCGAGGGCCCGCUCAACGUAUCCGCAAACGCUUUUGCAAACGGUAUGGACCAGAAUCUGGGGAAUUAUAUAACCGAUCGGCCAAGCGUUCGACUACACCAGCCUGCGGGAGGAAUGAGCCAGAUCUGUCUGGGAUCAGAUCAACAAGAUUCGACAACACCGAAGAGGCGGCUUUCGUUCGACCAUGUGGCGAAGCAGAAAGAGCUGAUUGGCUCGUUCGCCUUGCCAGAGAGUCCUCAUGGCAGGAGGUUAUCGCUCACCAAGGCGAAGGAGAUGAAUGGCAGUGACAUCUUCGGAUGGCCACUAGCACUUCAGGAGAUGUCUUCGUUGACACUGGAUGGUGACCACCCUAAGCUCAAUUGGCAACCCCAACCUGCGGACGACACUCCCUCUCUCGAUCAGAAACAGCAUGCGAACCCAGCAGGAAAGGAGAAUAAAAAUGCGGCCUGUGUUGACAAGAUCCAGCAGGAUACCGUGGGGGACAGCAACCAGGUGGAGGUGGUGUCAUCGAGAAAGGCGCGAGAGACGAAAUUGGCGGAGCUGAGCGGGACAAACAUUUUCUCAGAGCCGACUGCUGCCGCAACUGCCAGUCCCGAUUCACGGAACGGGUUUGUUGCCCCUCAGCCAAUCAGUGAUGCGAAGCGGAGAGAGAUGAUCGGAAAUGACAUCUUCGCCAACCAUAAACCUGUUUGUCGCGACUGUGUCGGAGGCGUUCGAAAGCCUCCUGGAGGUGAAAGCAGCCUUUCACUGUUCUGAUCCCAUUUUUACCGCAGUUAAAAGGUUCGGUAAAAGCCAUUUUUUGAUUUUUCGCCGCUUGCUGUCUUUAGGCGUUCGGUGGUUAAGGAAAGUAAUUCAAGAAAUAGUCAGAGGAGUCAGAAGACUCAGAAAAGAGGAGUGUAAAGAGACGGGGAAUGGAUGGAAAAGCUAAUGCGUAUACGUCGUAUACUAUCAUCGAAUGCAUCUUACGGACUCUUAUGGACUCAUAGGGACUCAUACGGACUCUAAAAACAUGUGUAUAGUAUGCUUUCAUUUUGUUCAUGGGCGCCCUUUGCGAGGAGAGGCAGACGGUAACACCCAACCUGCAGCUGCAGUCAAGCCGUACCAAGGGCGACCAUUGGUUAAAGAAGAGAAGGUAAGGAGGGGAUUCUACGGAGUGUUAGGGAGUUGGCCUCACGGUUCCGGACAAGAGAAGAAAAGAAACGAGGUACACAGAACUGCGUUGGAAUUGCCGAUCCUUAGUACGAGUGGAAAUUUGGGGCAUCCUCAAACUAGGACUCGUUCGGCCGAAUCUGGUUGUGAAGGCAGUCAGGACCAUUUCUGCGAGAGAGUCCCGGAACCAUUUGUACGUGUCCCAGGACCAAUCUUUGAGUCCCAGGACCAUUAUGAGGUUCUCAAGUCAAUUUAUGAGAGAGCAGGACCAAUCUUUGAGUCCCAGGACCAUUAUGAGGUUCUCAAGGCAAUUUAUGAGAGAGUCCAGGACCAUUUGUACCAGUUCCAGGACCGCCUUAUGUGAGAUUAUGAGAGUCCGGUGUGGGAUCAUCAUUAGUCAUGGUCCGAUAAAUACAAGUGGUGCGCUCAAGUGGCCCUGUGCCAUCACAGUCUUAGUGUUCCCGGAGGCUCUGGCGGAGGUCGUUGUAGACCAUCUCUGACUUACCUGGACCAUCUGCUACUGACCUGGACCAUGAGUGACAGACCUGCCUGGACCAUCUGCGACCAGCCGCUGCACAAUCUGCGGCCAACCUGACCAUGUGCAACCACCCUGGACCGUGUGCAAUGAACCUGGACAUUGUGCAACCAUCCUGGACCAUGUGCAACUAACCGGGGAUCGCUCGCCGGAGACUACCAUCUGUGACUGACCUGGACCAUGCAUCACUAACCAUGAACCGCGAGUGACUAGCCUGGUCUAUCUGCAGCUGAUCUGGAACAUACAUCUUUAAUUAACCAUUCCCUGUGACGAAUAUACAGAGCUGUGACGGUGAAUCACUUUGGAGGGCUCAGACAAUCAGUCCUACACAGUUGGAUAAGUGUAAAGGGGAGACAUAAGUAGACCAGCACCAGGACCAGGACCAGCACCAGCAUCAGGACCAGCACCAGCACCAGCACCAGCACCAGCACCAGGACCAGCAUCAGGACCAGCAUCAGGACCAGGACCAGGACCAGGACCAGCAUCAGGACCAGCACCAGGACCAGCAUCAGUACCAGGACCAGCACCAGGACCAGCACCAGGACCAGCACCAGGACCAGCAACAGUGUGGAUGCUCCGAGGACUGGAGAGACAAUUAGACCAAAAGCCUAAGGGUUAGAACAACAGAGAACCAACUUCAACCAAGAAAGACAUGAGCCAGGAGUGUCGGUGCUAUGGGUAUCGAACUGGUGGUGGUAGACCUGGUGUUGGUACUGAUAGUGAUUACUCUUUUUGUGAGUUUCCGUGUCACUCGAACAAUACUGCAGUAGAGUCUUAUCGCAGAUUUUGCUGCCGGGAGGCUGGCAUCACUACUACUGUCGAGUACUCACCAAUACAAAGCUAACGCUGCUGCUAAGCUGGCAAGACAUACAGACUUCCAUCUGCAGGGUUGCUCAAACUGAUAACACUAUGAGUGGCGGUAGUGGGCGUCUGGGUAAAAGCUUUGACAGCCAUGGGGAGGCUAGGUAUCAAUGUCAAUAUCAAUAUCAAUAGCAGAACUAGCUCUCAUGAUGCGCAAUGGGGGUUGAAGGGGUUCCUUCUGAAGUUAAUCAAUUGUUAGUUACAUG